ACCUCUGUUUUUCUUUUAUUCCUAGUCUGUUUUACAUAGUUUUGAAUGAUGACUUUAUGCUCUGUAAGGUGACCUUGGGUGUCUUGAAAGGCGCCGCUAAAUUAAAUGUAUUAUUAUUAUUAUUAUUAUUAAAACUUGCGUUUGGUGUAAAACGAGCACUAGCUGUUCUGCUCGCCUUUGAAUAAACGGAGGCUCAAGUGCGCUGAUUUGGAACGUCUGUAAUUAGGACGUCACCAAGCAUCUCGGUUCCUCCCCUUACUCUGCCUGGCCCGCCCAGAGAGUUUGGCACGCCCAUAAGACAAUGAGCUAGAGACCGUACGAUCGCCACGCUGUCUUUGCCUGGAGUGGAGAGACAUCAUGGCUCCCAAACAAAUCUAUGGCCGGUGCUCAGUGCUCGGAUGUGAAAGUAAAAAACUAAGUACAUUUGUAGCUCCUUCAUCCGAGUCUCUGAGGAACCAGUGGGUUCAUUUUGUUUUCGCUGGAAAUGCGCCGACACGACUUCCGAAAUGUGUGUUUGUGUGCGCCAAACAUUUCACCGACGACUGCUUCUUCAACUUGGGACAAUACAGAGCUGGAUUUGCUGAACAUCUGAAAAUUAAGCCUGGAUCAGUACCAACUCUCCCUGCCCCAGCUACAAACCGCGGACAAGCCAACACAUCGACUGAUUACAUUCAGCUGCAUCCCUCAAGGGAUGUUGCAUGCCAGACGGACCACGUGGAAAGUUUGAAAACGCAUACUGUAGGCACACAGCUAUCCUUUAGGACUUUGCGGAACCACAUUAAAAGUGAAGGUGUCCAGGCAACUGUCUUCUGCAAGGAUUUCGGUGUUGGGACAUCCAAUGCAGACCCUUUGUGCCUGUCAUCGACACCAGUAAAGAAACCAUCCAAAAGACCUCGGGUAGACCUUGAGGAAGAGCUGGAGGCCAAUCCAUUGGAGGGCAGCUCUUUAGUGGAAGCUUCUAAGGGACCGGAUUCCACUUAUGAUCCUUCUGACUCCAUCACAGCAUUGUUAGACUCUACACUAAAGUCAGAAGAUUCAUCCACUGCAACACCAACGGCAAGAAAUACAUGGUGUACGAGAGCUGCAUCAUGGAGUUGUUUAAUGCAUGUCCAGUCUGCACGAGGGCAUGUGAAGUGACAACCCAAAGGCUGGGGACAUUCCUGUCUGUGAAGCAGCAGUGCCCCCAUUGCACAUUCGGAAGACGCUGGAAUAGCCAGCCUAUCCUUGGGAGCACGCCAGCUGGA